UGGCAAGUGUAAAGGAAGUAUAGUUGAGUCAUUUAUUUGUGGAUGACUAAACAUUUGGCAAGACUUCAAUGAUUCUUGAAGUAAUUUUUGAUCUCUGCUAAUCUAAAGAGAGCACUUUAUUAAAACUUUUCAUAAAGGGUUAAGUUUAAUUAUUGUGAGCCGUCUAAUAAGAGGACCAACAUUUAGAGCAUCAUUUCAUCCUACCUUAUAAUUGCAAAUGAUUCUAAGAUCAGUAUAGCUUUUGUUUUCCUACUAUAUGCUCAAACUUAUUUUUAAAUGUUUUUAAAUUAAAAUAUAUAACUACUUAUAACUUUUGUUCUUGACUACAUUAUGGUACAAUUUUUAAUUCAGUGUUAUUGUUGCCUACUUAAAUAUAAUUUGGCACAGAUUGUAAAUAUUAUAAAAUAUUAUAACAGUUACCUUUUCUUUGGUCACAGCCAUAUAUAAAAUGUGUUUUGUGAAACCCAGUAUUUCCCAGUGUGGUGAUCUUCCCUGGCUUGUGAAUAGAUAUUCAGCAACAUGCAAAAUAUGGGGAGAAACCUCAAAGAAUGGAGUAAAGGAAGAUUAUGAGUUGUAGGAAUGUUGGAGGGAAUGUACCAAAAGGAAAAGUAGCAGAUGGACUUCUUAUUAUUGGUGUUCAUUCAGCUAAAUUUCCAAAUGAAAAGGUUUUGGAUAACAUUAAAAGUGCCGUUCUUCGCUAUAACAUCACCCAUCCUGUGGUUAAUGAUGCUGAUGCUUUCCUUUGGCAAGAACUGGAAGUUUCCUGUUGGCCAACUUUGGUCAUACUUGGACCCCGUGGAAACAUAAUUUUUUCUUUAGUUGGAGAGGGGCACAGAGAAAAAUUGUUUUUAUUUACUUCAAUGGCUUUAAAAUACUACAAAGACAGAGGACAAAUUAAAGAUAAUAAAAUUGGAAUAAAGCUCUAUAAAGAUUCUUUGCCAUCCUCUCCUUUACUUUUUCCUGGCAAAGUAGCAAUAGAUGAUGUGACUGACAGUUUAGUGAUAGCAGACACUGGACAUCACAGAAUUUUGGUUGUCAGAAAGAAUGGACAAAUCCAGCACAGCAUUGGAGGUCCUAACAGUGGAAGAAAAGAUGGGACAUUUUUAGAAUCAACUUUCAAUUCUCCUCAAGGUGUAGCCAUAAAGAAUAACAUCAUAUAUGUAGCCGACACAGAAAAUCACUUGAUAAGAAAGAUUGACCUAGAAACUAAAAUGGUGAGCACUGUGGCUGGCAUUGGAAUACAAGGCACAGACAAAGAGGGUGGAGCAAAAGGAGAGGAACAGCCCAUCAGUUCACCUUGGGAUGUAGUUUUUGGAAUAUCAGUUUCAGAAAUCUGUAAAGAUGAUAUCCUAUGGAUAGCUAUGGCAGGGAUUCAUCAAAUCUGGGCACUUUUGUUGGAUGAUGGGAGGCUGCCAAAGAAAAGUGAGUUGACAAAAGGAACUUGCCUUCGGUUUGCUGGAAGUGGUCAUGAAGAGAAUCGAAACAAUGCAUAUCCUCACAAGGCAGGUUUUGCCCAGCCUUCAGGUCUUUCUGUGGCUUCUGAAGAACCUUGGAAUUGCUUGUUUGUAGCAGACAGUGAGAGCAGUACUGUUAGAACUGUUUCACUGAAAGAUGGAGCAGUGAAACAUCUUGUAGGAGGAGAGAGAGAUCCCAUGAAUUUGUUUGCUUUUGGGGAUGUUGAUGGAGCAGGAAUCAAUGCAAAGCUUCAGCACCCACUUGGAGUGGCUUGGGAUAAGAAAAGAAACUUACUUUAUGUGGCAGACUCCUAUAACCACAAAAUUAAAGUUGUGGAUCCCAAAACAAAAAGCUGCACCACAAUUGCAGGUACAGGAGAAGCAAGUAAUGUUAUCACCUCAACUUCUACAGAGUCAACUUUUAAUGAGCCUGGAGGCUUAUGUAUUGGAGAGGAUAAUAAUUUGCUAUAUAUUGCUGAUACAAAUAAUCAUCAAAUUAAAGUGAUGGAUUUAGAAACCAAAAUUAUUUCUGUGCUCCCUAUCAUCAAUUUCGAAACUGCUGUUGUUGAUGGCCCAUUUCUAGAAAAACAGAAGCUACCCAAACUUCCCAAAUCUUCUCCAAAUGUUAAGCUUUCACCAUUGACUGUAUCGCCUGGUCAGAGUCUUCAGUUUAUACUAAGAUUAGAUUUUCCUGCAGAAACAAAACUAACAGAAGGAGCACCUAGUUUCUGGUUUCUAACAGCUGAAGGUAAUGAAUGGCUUCUUGAAGGACAGACUCCAUCAGGAGAAAUUAGGAGUCUUUCUAAACAACCUGUGAUAUCACUGCAGAUUCCCUAUAGUUGCUUGUCAUUUGAAUUGGUUGUGUCCAUCUGCGUGUGUCUCUAUUACUGUAGUGCUGACAGCAAUGCCUGUAUGAUGAAAGGAAUUCUAUUUAGUCAGCCUUUACAGAUUACAAAGACACACCAAAGUAACACACCUCCAGUAGAGCUGAGAUAUGUGUUUUAGAUAGUUAAUCCUCCACAAGUCAGCCAGUCACUUUAACUUAUUGCUCACUAUUUUUAUACAUAAACAGAUGGCUUUCCUUCUGUCCCUUAUCACUUAGUGUUUAAGACAAAAUAACUUAAAAUUCAAUUGAAUUUGAAAUGUUAAUUUUCUACCUAUUUAUUAUGGAGAAAUAUCCACAUUGUGGGCUAGCUAAGUCCUAAGUAAUUGUUUGGACUAUGGCUCUGUAUGGAGUGUGGCUGUGUAAUAAUAACUAUAUUCUAAAAAGAAAGAUCAUGUUUGAAGUCCAUAUUAGGACUAGUAAAAUUAGGUGCAAUUGAUAAAACAGGAAGUAUUUUAUUUAAUAUGCCUUUUUUAAACUCUAUGGCAUCUUUCAGUAAAUCCACAGUAUUUUUCAUAGGAACCAAGAUUAGAUCUGCAAUUUUGUAAAAUUAUCCAAAUCCAAAGCAUAGGUUCUUUUCUUUCUUUAAUUAAAAAUGGUUUGUCUAUCACAGUAAAAUUUUAAAGAGGAACUUGAUGAGCUUAUUCAUUAUUCUCUUCUAUGAAUAUCUGAAUUAUACCGUGUUUAAAAUAUAAAUUUACCUGUUUUAUGCAAAUUGAGCGCUGCUCUUAGACAUCAUGUUUGCCUUAUAUGAAGAGGAUAGCCAUAUUACCAAAAAAUGCAGAGAUUGCAUUUGGAUGAUCCUUUUUUUGAAAGCUACUCUUUGAACUUAGGCCAAAAUACUUAGUAUAGUCAUACCAAACAAUGAAUGUGGUCCAGUAAAUGUUUUAGUUUUGCAAGGAAAAGAAAAAUUUUUGGUUACUAUAUAUAGUAAUGUUAUUAGGAGAAUUCAGUGUGAUUGGCAGUUGAAUAGGAUUAACAUUGUUUUUACCUCAUGGACUUUAUUCUGUAUUCAUAUGAAGUGCAAAUAUAUUUGGUUGAUGUCUUUUGGUUUCUCUCUUCCAAAAUUAAAAUUCUAUUAAGUUUGUGUUAUGUUUUUAAAACAACUCUUUAAGUAUUCAAAGUGGAAACAUUCCUCUACUGUCAAUAGGUAUUGUAUUAUUUGUAUUCUACAAACUAAUUCUCCAUAUUGUCAAAGCUGAAUUUAGGUUGUUCUGAUGAUCUCUCUUUUCUCUUUACUAAAAAGAACAAGCUUUGAGAACACUUAGAAGGAUUGCUUUUUUAUUUGUAAGCCAUAAAAGCUUAUUCUUUUAUACUGUUGAAGCAACUGUAAAAUAUGUACUAGGAUGAGAAUGACAUUUUCCCCUAAAUUAUAAUUUUAAAAAUAUCUUCAAGGAUUUUUCCUGACACCUUUUAGUUAAUUGUUGAGCUGGUUUGUCAUAUCUGUUACUGUCUACAAAAACUGAACCUGCACACAAUUUGAUCAAAUGUUUUGUCUUAAAAACAUUAAGGGAACCAUAUUUAUUGAUUUAGUUGACAAAUACUUAUUGAGCAUAUGGAGAGUCAUGCCUUUUUUUUUCUUUCAUGAAACUGAAUACCAGGGGAUUUGCAUCUAUGUAACAGUAUCAAGAUAUAAAAUUUAAAUAAGUAUUAUUGGCCUAUUUUACCAUAUAAGUUGUCAGUUUGAAAUAAUUAACUGCUGUAAUCUCUCAUGGUUGAAAUUCUAGUAAGGAAUUAGCUUAAUCGAGAAAUUUCAGUUAGAUUGUUUAUUUUGCUAAAUCCAUCCUUUAAAAAGAUUUCAAAAUAUAUAAUAUAUGGGAAACAAUAACCUUGGAUUCUGUCUUAUUAGCUCAUACAUUCUUUCAUAAAAUGCAAGAAAUGAAUAUUAAUACCAAAAGAUGGCAUAUUACUCCUAUUGUCUUAGUAUUAGAACUUGGCCAGAAAGAACAGUAUUCUAAAGUCUCACUUGAUUUAUUGUAUUUAUCUUUUCUAGUUGGACAGGAUGAGAAUAUUCUGGCUCAUUCCUUUCCUGUUCCAAAAGAACAUGGAUCCUUUCAUAUGUUCUCCAAAAUUAUACUUGAUUCAGAAGUAUUUUUGAUGGCAAAUAUAUUUACAAAUAUUCUUAGUUAUGUGCUCUCAAAAAGAAUACUUAUUAUAUCAGAAAUAUUUUCUUAUGGUAAUUAUUUACAAGUAUAUUAUUUUUAUAUAAUUAAAAAAUAUUCAAGAUACUUUAUUUUUAGAAGUUUUUUUCUUUAUCUCUUUCAAAAUAAGUUUAUUAUCUUCAAAUCUCUUUAAAGCAUAUUCUUAAGAAUUAUUAUCACACAGUUAGAUGCAGCUCUCAUUGAUAACACUUAUUUACCAGAGGUUAAUCAAAUUGGUGAAUAAACCGCAAGAUAAGUUCUUCAAAACAAAACUAAAAUGCUUAAUACUGAAGAGAAUAGAAAUUUAAUAGAUGAUCAGAUUGAAGCAUGUUUCCUACAUGAAGAAAGAAAAGUAUACAGUUGGAGUAAUAUUUCUUCAAUUUUGCUGUAUUCGUUGCCUUUUUGCACAUUUGCAGUUGCUUAAUUUAAUUUGCCUAGUGAUGGUGUUGUUAAUCAGUAACUUUUGAUGAAAAGGAAUGUAACAAAUGCCUAUAAUAAGGUAAUUGCACACAUUUUUAACAAAAUAAAUUAAUAUUUUUAAAGAAA